UCGUGAAGAGUAGCAGAGAAGUUCUAAGCAGAGGAAAGCCUUGUUUAGUGUGCACGCUAACAGGGUCAGGCCAGCAUGGCCGAAGAGGAUAGAGCUUCCCGCGGUCAGCAUAGCAGAGGUCGGUCUCCUCCAAGUCGCUCAGAUAUUCCAGUUUCAGACGAGGAUAGACUUCGAUUGCUUAUUUCGAAGUGCUACGACGAUGGGAUCCUCCCAGAGAAGUUCAGGCAUGGAGAGUGGAAGAUGGAAGCUGGUGUCAAAACCUUUGUGGUCAACCCACGCCUGGACGAGUUGACCACAAAUUGGUUAAAAGAAAGAACUGUGACAAUUAUUUUUCAACGCGCAGCGAGGGAUUUGCCAAUGAAGGUGAGGGAGGACCUAAUUAGAGCGUAUGAAAAUGGGUGGUACAGGCAAAGAAUCUUUGAUCGCACCACCAAGAGAGGGAGGGUACAUGCGAAAGGGCCGAAUGUUGUCUCCUACGCGGCGAAAUCGAGGGAGGUGGCACAAUGGAUGAUUGCGAAAGCAGAAGACAACGUUGUAAUUAGAGGGGUCGAAUACAGCAUGGUUUUCAAGCCUUGGCUCACAAGAACAGAACUGGAGGAGAGGAGAAGACUGGAGGACGACUCCAAGUUCUGGGUGAUGGCAAUCAGGGUCCCGCUGCGUGCUAUGUUCCACGUGGAGAGUAUGAUAGAGACUUCGAUGGGCCAUGUCAUCAACAGUCUCCCUUCGGAACAGGACAAAACGAGACCGAAAUUGAUGAAUUUGAAAUUCGACCUGGUAAGAGAAGCAGAGGAGAAUUUUGAAGCUGAGCUGCCGAGACUGGGAAGUGAAGUAUUGCAGAUCAAGUUCGUCUGCAAACAUACUCCAUGGUGCACGAGAUGCAGGUGGUGGUACCACACAGCUGAGGAUGGUUGUCCGAGAGUGGAGGAGGACGACGUGGGAGGGAGUAACGUACAGAGGCAAGGCGGCAAUUUCUCAAAUCGGAAUCAGGGACAAGCGGAGGAUCGGCAUAUAAGGACGGCAGCGAGGGAAGUCAUCCCAUUGCAGGAAGGACAGGGACAACAGGAAAGAUUAGGGGCGGCAGGCCCAUCACACACCCAAGGGGCAUCCCAGGACGCAAGGAGAGGAACAGUCGGGCAGAAUAUCGCCCGUAACAGCCGGUCGGUGGCUCCUCAGAAUUCAAGGGGAAGCGAUGGGGCUUCUCAGGACCAAAACAGAGGUGGGUACUCGAGGGAAAUGCCUAGAACACAAACUCCAGGAAGGGAGCAGGUGGCACAACAACAAAUGCAUUACUUACCUCCUCCACAAAUGCCAAAUACGGGCUUUCAUCCGUAUAUACCCCCGUGGGGCCCGAUGGGCUGGCAGGGCAUGGGUUACCAUCAACAUAAUCCGGCUCUGACAGACCAUCCUCCACAGUUCUACAACUGGUAUGGCACCGGCCAGGGCUUAAACUAUUUGCUGCAUGAGGUUGCAGGAAGGGAACUCGCAGUGGACCACGGAGGAAGAGAACGUCAAGCGAGGUGCAGGCAGGACAAAGGUAUUUCCAGGCCAAGAAGACAAGAGGUGGUUCACUCCGACGAGGAUGCUGAUUCUGAGGGUAUUCCGGAGGCACCAACGUCGGAACUCUCCGGUAUGGAGGCUUCGCCAGGAAGGAUCCCCGAGGGCGCAGAUGCAGCCGGGAGAGAUGGUCGGCAAUUUGAGGAACAGAUUUUGCUCCCGCUUGUUUGCACAAUGCAGGAUCAAAAGGCUUACGUUCUAGGUCUCCUUGAUAGAGAGGACAAGCUGAUCCUUCCAACGGCGGGUCUGACGGACGUUCCGAUGCAGUCAACCGUUAGAGAACAAGUAAAGUAUAUGUUUGCGGAUCGUUUCGAAUUUAGACUGUUCCCAGAGUUUUAUAAGCCUAAACUUAGAGUAGAACUGGACGGGGGUAAAGUGGUCAGAUACACAGUCGUCUUCAUUGAUGCCAGGAUCUCUUUGGAGGCUUGGUCGGGUCUGAGACAGGUAGGUUUGGACUCUUUCCCGCUAGAAGCCCUGGCUGAACCCUUGAUGGACAUGUUGGCAGAGGUCGUUGUGGAACCGGGGGUACCAGCCUCUUUUCUGGCUGAUUUGAACCCAAAUAUGCCAAGAUCAAGCAACCUCAUGUCGAGGGUCUUUUGUGACUGCCUUACCACUGAAUGGACAACCCCCACGCAGACCCAAGGCUUAGGGGAUGCACGAGGUACCAACCCCCCAGCAGCAGGAAUCCAAUCUGCAGUUCCAGGAAGCUCUUUGAAUGGGUAAAAUUCGUAUAGUGACUUGGAACGUUCAAGGGCUGGGGGAUUCCAAUUAUGGGAGAAGGAAGGGAACACUUCUCAAAAGUUGGGCGCACCGGAAGAGGGUAGAUAUCCUGCUAUUACAAGAGACUAAGCUAUCGGAGACAAAGCUGACACAGCUAAGGGACUUGUGGGACGAACCUCAGUUGUGGUCUCCAUGCCAGAGAAUCGAAAGGGGGAGUAGCAAUCCUCAUCCACAACCGGAUCGAGGCUAGACUACUCGACAGUGACAGCGAUGCAUGAGGUCGGUGGUGCUGGGUAAAACUGGCCAUUGGCAACGAAGAUUGGCUCCUUGCGACAGUUUAUGCUCCGAAUAAAUCAGGGGAACGCAG